AAGAACCCCGACUGGGUCGGAAAAGGGUAAAGCGGAGAGAAGACUUCGGACCCAGCUGAGCUCCACCGCGCCUGAUAACAAUCGGUGUAUUGAUUACCUCCGUGCAUAUUAUGCGUGAUUUGCAUGCAACAAGCAAGCCACUGACACGGAACAUCUGGGCAGGGAGAGAGAGAGGGAGAGGGAGGGAGAGAGAAAGAAAGAGAGGGAAUGAAAGAGAGGGAGGCAAAGGGGCCUUUGCUAAGGAGUGUUGAUUUGCGUGCGUGCUUGAGACCUCGUCUUGCCUUUAUUCUCCCCGCUGACUGUCCAGCUAUAUCUAAAGCCAGCUCCGCUCCGAGUGUUAUUUGUUCAGCUUUCUUACAACGAUCAGUUUACUCAUUGUAAAGGUGAUAACAACACAACACAAGUCGGCCAGCUUGCGAUGUGCUGUGAUUUGGCUUCCAGACGCCCUUUUGCCUACACAUAGCGAAGACUCUAUUCUUGGUGCAUCGGUGUUUCGUGUGUAUGGUAUAAUCUUCGCAGGCUCACUUAUGUCUCUGGACGUCAUUACACGCAAUUAGCAUUUUUGACCAGGUGGGCUCAAACUCAAGAAUGCGGAACUCGUGGAACCUUAGUCGUGUAAUUGCAGCUCAGCAGUGGUAGAUAUGGCAGAGAACGAGGACGAGAAUGAUCGCGACAUGGAUCAAGAAACGACGAAAAAGGAAUGCUCUGAGAAGAAUGAAUCGGAAUCAGACCAGAUUCUUCCUAGCAGUACCUGUACAGGGGCGACGACGAGCAAAGGGGCGGGGCCGUCGAGUGGCGCUGGUUCGAACAGCCGCAGAAGUCGUCGAAAGCAAAGUGAUCCCCGUCGCGUCGGCAGCGAGAUGGUGAAAAUGGAAGUGGAUCUGGUGGAGAUUAAAUCCGAAAUCAUAGACCACGGUGAUAGCGAUAGUCAUGGGAAAGAUCCGGAAGACCAUUUCGACGACGACGACGAUGUCUUUCUCAAAGUCAGGACCAAUGCACUCGCGCCAAUUCCUGACACUCCUUCGAGUUUGGAACAUUUGGGAAAAUCCCUGAUGCACGAUCAAUCACGUAUUCUUAUCCAAGAUCGAGAUCGGAGGGAUGUUUUACAGAGAACCGUCGUCAAUGACGAGGACUGUCAACCUGAAGAUCUUAGCAUGAGCAGUAAAAAGCGUGAUCAUAAGCGUGUCGUCCUUGCAAUACCGUCGGUUGUCAGACCAACCAAGGGAACUAAAUCAAGGGACCUAGGAAGAAAUAAUUCUGUAAACUCAUCAACCCAUUCGCAUACAUCUCAGAACUCGUCUCAUCUUUUUAGAGCAUUUUCUCAUGAUUUACAGGCGGAAGAAAGCCUCGGCCUCGUUGGACUCGAGAGAGAUUACUUAAUGAAAUACAGACACGAUUACGACGACGACCAUCACGACUCACAUUCCCAAGUCAACGACCACCACCGUGAAUAUUCCACAUCUCUGCCAUUCGCGAUCGCCCACCAACACAAAGUUCUUCUCGAACAGGAGUGCGAUUCUCAGGAUCUCAUGUGUGGUGACCAAAAAGAAACAAACGGGAAAACAUCUCCAUCGACAUCGACUUCAUCGUCAUCGUCGACUUCGCAAUCGUCGAAGGCGAUGGGUAAACCCGGGAGGUCGUACAAGAACUUGAGUCGUUCGCGGAGGAUCGUCGCGAACGCUCGAGAGCGUAAUCGAGUCCACACGAUCAGCUCUGCCUUCGAGGGUCUUCGUCGAGCAGUACCAUCGUACUCGCACAACCAAAAACUCUCGAAGCUGGCCAUACUCCGGAUCGCAUGCAGUUACAUCCUGGCCCUGGCCAAGCUCGCCGACCUCGACUACAGCCCCGAAGACGAGCAACAGAUAAGCUUCGAGGACUGUGUCGAUCUCUGCACCGAGACGCUGCAAGCAGAGGGCAGGUCGAAAAGACGGAAGGGUCCUAUGGAGUGAUGCGGAGGCGAUGGAGGCCGCUGGAGGCGCUCUUCACCAUCAUCUACAGCUGCCACUAGGCAGGAGGAAAAGGAAAAUCUAAUUCCUCAGGCAAGACCCUUAAAUCGGAGAAUCAUUGAUCAUAGGUUUCAAGCUCACUGGUACUAAUAGCAUUCGCCAAGGAGCUAGAAAAUUGCAGAACCAAGCCAUUAUCCCUACAGGGAGCGAAAGCAUGGUCCUUCUACAGUAUAUCUCA